AUGCCCAGGGAGGUCGUCCGCGGUCAAGUGCUCGCGUUGCGAAAUGCUGGCCUCUCCUACAACAAGAUCGCCACCCAGCUUCACCUCCCACGUUCUACAGUGAUCAGCAUCACCCAACGUUUCUCGGGAAGGGCGACGACGAGCGACAGCCCCCGCCCCGGUCGCCCCAGCAAGCUCAAGUCAUUUCACCGCAACAACAUUGUAGCACAGAUCCUCCUCGAUGAGUCCGACACCGCACCCGAAAGUGGCCGCCACUAUGCGCACAUUGUCCAAAGUUCGUGUCUCUCCAUGCACGAUAAGAAGGGUGCUGCAUGGAACAACAACGGUGGUCGUGUAUGGCGUCUGGUUGGCGAAACGUUGACCGAUCGAUGCGUGCAGGGCACGGUCAAGUUCGGCGGUGGCCAUAUCAAUGUUUGGGGCGCCAUCUCUCGUUUCGGAAUUUCGCUUUUCUGCGAGGUCGGCGACGUCAUGAACGGCGACACCUACCUCUCAGUUUUGGAGAGCGAGUUGCUAGCAAGCAUUCGCGUGUGGAACAACAAAAACGAGAUGAUUUUCAUGCAUGACAAUGCCCCUUGUCACAAAAGAAAAGAUGUGGCGAAGUGGUUCGAAACCAAUCAGAUCACCGUCCUGGACUGGCCUGCGAACUCUCCCGACCUCAACCCCAUCGAAAAUGCGUGGAACAUGGUCAAGAACAAGAUCUACCAGGAGAGGGAGAUCAAGAGCAAGGCCGCGUUGUGGGAACGCUUCCAAGCGGUCUACGAAGAAGUGCUCACGCCAGAGGUCUGCCGCGAUCUCAUUUCAUCGAUGCCGCGCCGCAUUCAAGCUGUGAUAGAUGCCAAUGGUGGUUAUACCAAGUACUGA